AUGCACGGAUUGCUCGCACUGUCGGCACUGCACCUGGCCUACCUGCACCCAGACCGCAAGCGCGAGUACGCGGCCAAGUCAGCGCGGCAUCAAGACGUAGCCCUCUCGCGCCUGCGCAACGGCCUGUACGAGAUCACCGAGCAAAACUGCUUCGAGCACUUCCUCCUCGCCUACCUCGUCAUCCUCCUCACCUUCUCCUCCAUCGGCAACCCGCUCGACGACGACGACAACGACAACACCGCCAGCCCCGACCAAGCCACCCCACGCCGCUACGCCCCGCUCGACAUCCAGGAGCUGGCCCAAUCACUCUUCCUAGGCCAAGGCAUCAUCAACAUGAUCUCCUCGCCCGAAACCUGGACCUGGAUGAAGCGCGGCCCCAUCGGCGGCUUCUUCCAAGUCUCGCACCCAACACCCACGCCCUCCAACCUCGGCACCGACCGCGCCGGCACCUUCGCCCACCGCAUCGCCCGCCUGCACGACGACGUCGUGUGCCAGAUGGGCGGGUCCCCCGGCGACGCGAAAGUGCGCGCGUCGUGCCUGAUCGCGUGCGACGGCCUGCGCCGCGCCUACGGCGCCGUCCUGCUCAACGGCCUCGGCCGCCGCGAGGCCACGCCCGUCUGGCUGUGGCUGACGCUGCUGCCGCCAGACUUCCGCGAGCACGUCGCCAGAGCCCAUCCCGUCGCGCUGCUCGUGCUGGCGCAUUACGCGGCGCUCGUGAGGUGCUUCGAGGACCGCUGGUACCUCGCCGGCUGGAGCGGCCGCGUCUUCGCUGCCGUCGACGACGCGCUGGAGAAGAGGCGGGAUGAGGAGGAGUCUGGAGGUCAGUGGUGGCGCGCGUGGUUGGAGUUCCCGAGGAAUUGGGGCCCCGAGCAGCUGGAUGAGGCUAUCAGGGAGAGUGAGGAGCGGGGGGACCACCUAAGGGACGUGUGGGAGAGAUGA